AAGAGAUCACCUCUCACGGCUGUUUCCCUUUUUGCCUCCACACAGGUGAAGCUGGACAAGGACCAGUUCUCCGUAUUGCUGGACGUCAAACAUUUCUCCCCCGAGGAGCUGUCAGUCAAAGUGAUCGGGGACCACGUGGAGGUUCACGCCAAGCACGAGGAGCGCCAGGAUGAACACGGCUUCAUCUCCCGCGAGUUCCACCGCCGGUACAAGCUCCCCGCCACGGUGAACCCGUCAUCCCUUACUUCGGCCCUGGCCGCCGACGGACUGCUCUCCAUCCUGGCGCCGGUCACAGACACCGCCACGGCCGAGGAGAGGAGCAUUCCCAUCGCAAGGAAGUAGAAGUGAGAGCAGGAGCUGACUGUGCCGGCUGU